AUGGACCACUUCUUCAAGAAGGGCUCCUCUGAAGCAGCUCAGGCAAAGGAGGAGGUGGAACUGUUGCUGCAAAAAAUAAAGACAAUGGGUGAGGUGGCAGCGGCGUUGGAGACUCAGUUGAAUGAGGAAAAGACAAAAUACACACUGCUGCUCACCAAAACGAAUACUUGGAAGGAAAAAGUAAAGGCACUGAGAGAAUCUGAUCGAGCGCGCAUCGCUGAGCUGGAAUCAGAGCUGACCGCCUACCAAGUGGUCAGCGAAGCGACCGACGCUGAAUUGACUCCUGAAAUACGCGCAGCUGUUCAAGCAUCACUUCAUGGCAUCAUAGCCAAACACUCCGAGGAGAUCAAUGCAUGUAAGGAGCAAGUGGCAGCUGUGCAGACCACUUUGAGCUCCAAGGAAACUACCAUUGCAGAGCUUACGCAAGAGUUGGAAGCAGUCAAGGAGGUUCAUCUGGAGAUCCAGCAGCGUUUUACACAGGAAAUGGAGUCCAUUACUAACCACCAUGAAACCGAGAUGGCACAGCUGCGCUGUCAGCUUGCAUCUCUGGAGGAACUAGAUGGGCUAAAAUAUCGACUGCAAGAACAGCAGAAUGAGAUCGCCUCGUUGGAGAACCACUCGCUGCAGAAAUCACAGAUCAUGAGUGCUCUUCAACAGGACUUGGCCUCUUCUGCUGAAAAAAAUGAAUUGCUUAGUCAGCAGGUGCGCACACUGCAAGAAGAACUCGAGACCCUUAAGCAGAAGCAAGCCGUUUGGAAGGAAAAGGUGAUGCACAUCAAGGAAAAGGACAACGAAACCAUCAAACAACUACAAUCCAAACUAGCACUCGCGCGUGCACAGCCUCUUGAGAUGAAUCUCUCCCAUCCUCCUGUACCUCAACCCUCUGCAGUUACGCACUCUCGAACGACCGUUGAGGCAGCUCUACUUAACUCAGAGUCUACCUCGACCCAGGCGACCGAACUCAAACCAGAGAACCAACUUUACCAGCUCCCAAUACACAUCGAAGAUGAGCACCUCACACACCACCAGUUUGAAAAGAAACUGGAAUUAUGGAAGGAAAAGGUGAAGGCCUCCAAAGCCCAGGACGCACAGCGCAUCGCUUCCCUGGAGGAGGAGCUGGAGCAGCUCCGCCGCCAGGUGGCCGCUGGUGCGGACGAGCAGGUGCAGGCCCACGAGGCUCUUCGCGCUGAGCUGGCGGUGGCGCGGCAGGAGCGCGAUGACGCCGCACAGCAGGCGCAGCAGCAUGCCGAGGACACCACCCGCGUGAGGCAGGAGCUGGAGGCCAAGGUAGCGGAGCUCGAGCAGCUGGAGGCAAGUCUUGUGGACUGGAAGGAGAAGGUGAAGGCCUCCAAAGCCCAGGACGCACAGCGCAUCGCUUCCCUGGAGGAGGAGCUGGAGCAGCUCCGCCGCCAGGUGGCCGCUGGUGCGGACGAGCAGGUGCAGGCCCACGAGGCUCUUCGCGCUGAGCUGGCGGUGGCGCGGCAGGAGCGCGAUGACGCCGCACAGCAGGCGCAGCAGCAUGCCGAGGACACCACCCGCGUGAGGCAGGAGCUGGAGGCCAAGGUAGCGGAGCUCGAGCAGCUGGAGGCAAGUCUUGUGGACUGGAAGGAGAAGGUGAAGGCCUCCAAAGCCCAGGACGCACAGCGCAUCGCUUCCCUGGAGGAGGAGCUGGAGCAGCUCCGCCGCCAGGUGGCCGCUGGUGCGGACGAGCAGGUGCAGGCCCACGAGGCUCUUCGCGCUGAGCUGGCGGUGGCGCGGCAGGAGCGCGAUGACGCCGCACAGCAGGCGCAGCAGCAUGCCGAGGACACCACCCGCGUGAGGCAGGAGCUGGAGGCCAAGGUAGCGGAGCUCGAGCAGCUGGAGGCAAGUCUUGUGGACUGGAAGAAGAAGGUGAAGGCUGCGAAGUUGAAGGAUUUUGAGCGGAUAGGGACUCUUAGUGAGGAAGUGGAAGGCUGGCGGAGGGAAAGUUUGAGGGUUUCUCAGGUUGUGCUGGCGCUGUGCGACUGUACGAGGGCCUGCGAUGACGCUGCGUCGGCGACCAAGUGGUCAACAACUCUAUGUGACGCUGUGAAGGAUUGUCACGAGGCGUUGGAAAAAGCGUCACUAGAAGUUGGCUUGAAGGACACAGGGACGGGUAUGAAAGUUUUAUUGCAACACUGCGUAGUGUCACUACAUGACCGUGCUGCCGCUGUCAAUGACUCCGCUCUUCGUGUAGAGGCUCUCGAGAGCGAAGUUUUGCGCCUAAAGGAAUCGGAAACCUCAUGGAGUAUUCGUUGCGAAAAUGCCGAAGCGCAUGCAAAGGAUGUUGAGGAGGAGCUGAGGCGUGCGUCAAAUCAAGCAGAACGCGUUUCAGAAUUAGAGCAAGAGAGCAGCGAGCUCAAAGCUCGUUGCGAUCUACUUCGGAAAGAACUUCAGAGACAACGUGAGGCAGUGCAGCGAGACCGUUCACGGCCUUACGAACCCGCAAAUAGCGAGGCUGGUGCGCCUUCAAUCAUGGAGAGUCAAAGUGCAGUGCAGUCUGCAUUGCUUGCGGCAGCGGGCUGUGUGUCGGAACGGGAUGUCGCGACAGCCAUAGGUGCUAGGAGUGCCAAGUACGAGUUUCUCAAGCCGGGCAAGACAGGAGCUGAUGAGCUAAUCAAGGAAAAUGAUAAACUUAGGCAAGAAAACGCACACAACAACGCUGUGAUUGCUCAGUACAUCCAAGAGUUGGAGGGGUACAAGGCGAAUCAACGAGUGCAGGUUAGCAUUGAGUAUCUCCGUAACAUAGUCCAACAGUAUCUCUGCGCUGCAGAGGACUUGCGCCCGAAGAUGAUUCCGGCCAUUUGCACAGUCCUGGAAUUCAACAACAGGCAAAAAGAAGACGUACAGUUAGCGAAUCCACGCUGCCCACGCUUUCACUGA